AUGGAGCACGACAAGCGACGACCAAGCCGAAAACCCGACUCCCGGCUGGGGAAACUGAGGCAGCGCUUCGCCAGGGCCAUGGCAGCACCCCCGAGGAAGCCGCAACGAGUCCUCCCGCCGGAAGCAACCCCGCGCAAGGGUCCGGCCCGGAUACCACCGAAGGCACCCGCACCACCGCCGACUCCGGCCACACCAGCGAUGCGGUCCAACAAGGCCAUGUGCGAGGAGCUGGAAGCCCUCUUCGGAUCCCUCUCCGAUUUGGAGGACGAGCCGACACCCCCCAACAACACGGUCCCCGAGGCUCCGGAGGCACCUCUCGUGGCCACCAACGCGGUUCCACCAACACCACCGCCAACACCCGGAGUCCCCGCCAGCGCCGGAAAAGAGGACCCUCCUGCCAUCACGGGCUCGCCCGGCAGCGGGCCGUUCCAGGGGAUAAAAGGAGGACCCCCGCAGCAAAUUUUAAUCAGAUUUUCCGGCGCUAGUCACCGAGGAAGGAGCCUCCGAGCGCCAGUCGCCCAAGGACAUUCUGCGAGAGCGCUAGACGCCCAACGCAAGAAGCGCCAGUCGCCAGCGAAGAAGACCUCCGAGCGCCAGCCGCUUCACCAGGCGUCAACCGCCUUCCUUCGAGCGCCAGCCGCUUUACCAGGCGUCAACCGCCUUCCUUCGAGCGCUAGCCGCUCCUACGGGCGCCAGUCGCCCUCCGGGAAGCGCCAGCCGCUUCACCAGGCGUCAACCGCCUUCCUACGAGCGCCAGCCGCUCCUACGGGCGCCAGUCGCCUUCCGGGAAGCGUCAACCGCUUCACCAGAGCGCCAGCCGCUUCCUCCGAGCGCCAGCCGCUGUACCGGACGCUAGUCGCCUCCCUCAGGCGCCUGACGCCAGACACCACGGGGUCUCCAAGCAUGGCCCCGGCGCCGGACGCCGCGACGCCUGCCGAUUCCUCGGGGACUCCCGCGGACACCACCGACAUUCGCAAGGCGGUAAAAUCCAGAAGCCGGGCGAGCAAGGAGAACCGGGAGCCCCGUUCCCACAAAGGAAGCAAGUCCCGGAGCAGGGACCACAAGGGAGACCGGCCUCCGCAUCCUCCCUUCGAAAAGGAACUGAUCUCACUGCGGAAACGGACGCAGCCGCUGCCCGUACACCUCCAGACCAAGCGUCCCAAGGCGGAUGCACCCACGGAUUGUCGGCCAAGCGCACCAGAACCGGACCCGCGGCGAGAUCCACCGGAACGACCCAGGACACCGAGGGUGUGCUUAGUCGUGAGCGACGACUCCGACCACGGGAGCACACCUCGCCGAGCGUACCUCGCCGACGCAGUGACGCAAACAGUAUAG